GAUAAGGAUAAGUCUUGACGUCAUCGAUGACGUUAUCAAUGCCACCUGUUCCACGCAGAUUCCCUUGCUUUGACCCGAAACCAGCCCAUUUCGCAACGUGCUCCGAUCACUGCACUCCAUCAUCACUCCCUAUAAAAGAAGAGUGAAGCGCUCUCUCUCGAUAGAGAUCCACGCGUACAGAGAGAGUAAUAGUCCAGAGUCCUAGAGAGAUCAGUUUGAAGGAGAAAUGGCAGCAGCAGCACCAUCAGUGAGGAGAACGAAAUUGGGUUCGCAAGGAAUGGAGGUAUCAGCACAGGGGCUGGGGUGUAUGGGCAUGUCGUCCUCGUACGGCCCCCCCAAGCCCGAACAAGACAUGAUCGAGCUCGUCCACCACGCCGUCUCAUCCGGCGUCACCUUUCUCGACACCUCCGACGUCUACGGCGACAACGAGCUCGUCCUCGCCAAGGCUCUGAAAGGAGGGUGGAGAGAAAAAGUGCAGUUGGCGACAAAAUUCGGGAUCACCAAAAAGGAUGGUGCCAUAAUACCACGCGGAGAGCCAGAGUACGUGAGGGAGGCUUGCGAGAGAAGCUUGAAACGUCUGGAGGUGGAUUACAUCGAUCUCUAUUACCAGCAUCGGAUUGACACCACCAUCCCAAUCGAAGUCACGGUUGGAGCACUCAAGGAGCUGGUCGAAGAGGGUAAAAUAAAGUACAUCGGCUUGUCUGAAGCCUCUGCUUCUACAAUCAGAAGGGCACAUGCUGUGCAUCCUUUAACAGCUGUGCAGAUGGAGUGGUCCUUAUGGUCAAGAGAUAUAGAGGCGGACGUUGUUCCCACUUGCAGAGAACUUGGCAUUGCAAUUGUUCCAUACAGUCCUUUGGGACGGGGAUUUUUAUCAGGAGGUGCCAAUUUGGUUGCAAACUUGGCGGAUGGUGAUUUGCGAAAGAAUAUGCCAAGGUUCAAACCCGAAAACGUUGAGCAUAACAAGAAGAUAUUCGAGCGGGUGCACGAAAUGGCACAAAAGAAGGGCUGCACACCAUCACAGCUGGCAUUGGCGUGGGUCCACCACCAAGGGAACGACGUGUGUCCUAUACCUGGUACCACCAAGAUUGAGAACUUAAACCAGAACAUUGGUGCAUUAUCCGUAAAGCUAACUCCUGAAGAAAUGGCUGAACUGGAAUCCUAUGCUUCCGGUGAUGCGGUUAAGGGUGAUAGACAUGUGUACAUGUCGACUACGUGGAUAAAUUCAGAGACUCCUCCAUUGUCCUCGUGGAAACCUAAGUGAAGGCAUGCCUCUUUCUCUGUCUGCGUGCUUACAGAAUAAAUUGCUUACCACUUUCCUAUUUUCCAUGGGUAUUUUGUGUUUGUGUAAAGUUUCAUCGGUAUUGUGUUCCACUAUAACUAUCUUGGCUUGAGUUGUACGGUUCCACUAUAGCUAUCUUGGCUUGAGUUGUACGGUAUGGACCUCCUUUAUUUAAGUCGUAUCCAUCUUGUACCGAACUUUUAUGCCUACUGAUUUUGGGUGCUUGGAUGAUGUUUCGGAUUUACGAAGCUUGCAAUGCAGGAUAUGUGAUUUUAGUGUGCA